AUCACUUCGAUCCCAUUUUCAUCGAUUUUGAACAAUAAAUCCUUAGUGACGAGAAUUGUUCGGGCGUGUAAUAACCAUGACCUCCACUAGGUGGCAGAAUGAAUUUGUGAAACCGCCGCCUGCAAUUACCGUGAGGACCGCUUCUGUUCUGUACCAUGCUGUUCAAUAAAUUGUACCCGUUCCACGUGCAAGUUGGUUUCAUGCGAGAUAGGAAUGCUGUGGGACAGGUCGAAGCUGGCAAGAAACAUCAGCACGACGAGCGCUGCCCUUGCAUUUUGAUGCCAGCAGCCACUGCGUCGGACGAGAGGACAAAUCAGGAAACUUGUAAAGAAUUUAGGAGCCUGAGUCACCAAGCAACAUGGCGGACUUGUUGUUGGGAAGCGCCGAAUCCAUCUUGAGUUUGUGCGGCGACGUGUACAAAAUGGUGCAGACGGCCAAAUCCAACAAGACCCAGUGCCAGCAAGUGGCCGACCGCGUGCGCACCUUGGAGAAGAUGGUGCUGAGCAUCAAGCAGCGGCCCGACAGCGUCUCGCCCGAUGUCAAAAGCGCCCUGAUCGACCUGGCCCGCAGUCUGAAGAACGCCACCGAGCUCAUGGGCAAAGUUUCCAAAGCCAACGCCUUGGUCAAGGUGUUAAACUCCGGCAACAACGAGUCCAAGUUCCAGGAAGUCAGUCAGAAGCUGAACCAAGACAUGCAGGUGCUGUCCAUGGCUCUGCAGAUCAGUCACGGCGACACCCUCAGGGAGGGCCUGAGGACCAUCGUGGCGGAACACAGGGCGACCACGGCCCAAAGCCUCGCACCCCUCCGUCGCAAGCCCGUCAUGCGGGUGACCCAAGCCGACCAGCGUUGCGGCGGCGACGACAACGGUUCGGGCGGCGACAAGGGUCCGGGCGCCUCGGAUGGCGGCGCGGCCCAGGAUUCGACGACACUUGUCGCCAAUAUACUAUUGUCUUCCGUGGACAAGGUCAAGCCGCCUGAUGGCAAAGUGCCCCUCGGUGCACCUCUGGCCAAAUUGUCACAGAGCAAGGCGCCCGUACCCGCGUCACCUACUCGCAUGAUACUCGUUAGCGCCUCACCCGAGACCAAGGUACCCGCCCCAAAGUCACAGGGCGCCCCGGCGCACGGUUCCACGUCAUACAGCUCCGGGCAGUCACCCAUCCACAUGCCAGAACCCACUCUGAUGUCACCGCUCCUCAGGCCCAUGAUGUCCCCCAUGCCCAUGGUAUCCCCCAGGCCCAUGGUGUCCCCCAUGCCCACGGUAUCCCCCAUGCCCAUGGUAUCCCCCAGGCCAAUGAUGUCCCCCAUGCCUAUGGUGUCCCCCAUGGUAUCCCCCCCUGUCUCCAGCUUCCCCUACUCCUAUGCGCCCACACCUUCUGCGAUGAGCUUCAGUCUUAUGCCGAUGGCGUACCAGCAGCCACCCAACACCGCGGUGAGCACCUUCAUAAGCUACAACCGUGCCCCCUCUUCACAAGCCCUUAAGCUGGCACAAGCUUUUGCCCCGGGGCCGCCACACUCCCGGCCGCAAAGUCAUAUGAGCGGCAACAUUUUGACAAACAUUUACUAUACUAGGUGAGCUGAAUGAUACGCCGCGUGGACUGGCGCUUCUGAAAACUUCUCAAAAAGGAGAAAUUGUGCAAAGUUGACCAAGCACACUUAGCUACUCCACGUGCAAUACUUCUUAAGCAAUAAAACCAAGUCGACUCAA